ACGUACUUGAGAGGCUACAACCACUGGCUUGCCCCUCAUAUUUUAGUCUACCCUCUUGUGGGAUGACUGAGAUCACAGUUGCACCGAGCUAAGCAAUAUUCCCAUCAAACUAAAAUGUCACUUCUAUCAGGGAAGGCACAGCCAACUAUUCUUCCAUGGCUUCAAGAAGAACUUCACUUCUAUGCACAUAGGAGUGGGAUAUCCUCCUCAGAGACGACGAUGACGACAUCGUCGGCCGGAAUCCGGCGUCUUAAAGUUCUUGGCGGGAAGAUGGUGGCUGCCGCCGCUCUGGGAAUGGCGGUGGUGUCGUCGUUGCCUGGGAAGAGGCGGCGGAGCCCUAAAGGUUCCCGGAAAGUUACAUCGUCGUCGUCGGAAAGCAGCGGAAAGAGUGGUCGUCGUCGUCCUCCGGCCGGGGAGGAUUCUCAGAGAUCUGAGGCCAUUGAUGAUUGCAUCAAGUUCAUCAACUCUUCUUCUUCUUCUUCUUAUCUCCAUUGAUCCAAUUCUGCUUCAAGCCAUUGUUGAAUUUAGUUUAUUUAAUUCCUAUGUUUCUAUGUUCUUAGCUUUUUUCUCUCUUUUUGGCACAAUAUCAUACUAUACGUACCUUCAUAGCUAUCAAUCUAUCAUAGAUUCUUUUUUUUUAAUUAAGUUGUCACACUCGUAGUAGUUAUUUAAGAUUUUGUUCGAAAGUAAUCUUCCUAGUUAGGGUCAGAUUACCUCUACUUUGUUUAUAAAUUUUCAUCGAUCAUUACAUAAAAUAAAAUAAUUUUUUGCUGACUAAUUUAUAAAACUUUUGAUAUAAU